AUGUUGAGGUGUACCAUGUCCAUGUCCACGUCCACGUCCAUGUCCAGGAAAAGGUUCAAGAAUAAGAACAAGCCCGCAGAGAUCCAAACUAGAUUCAUUUACUCAGGUGAUCGGAUUCAUUUGGUUGGGAUAGGAAGACGUCAGAAGAGCCUUAUGAGUCGCGUAAACUGGAACUUCUUCAUGAUGGUACUUAUACUUACAAUGUCUUUAAAUAGACGUUUUGAGAAGAUUCUUAUGUUGGAUAUGACGCCUUUACUUGGAGUAACAUAUGUUGUUUUCUCUUCCCUCUUCUACUCUUUAGGCUAGUGUGGGGAAAGAAGGGCAAAUUUGGAAUCAGGAUUGACUGAAUGCAAACUGCAAAGUUCAUCUUCAACAAAGUUUCAUGUUUCUUCCCAAAAAGUGUUUAGUUUGAUAGUUUUAUGUUUUGGGUGUCACUAUCACAAUAUUUAGACUUAUUAAGCAUUUUGAAAGAUCGUUUUGUUUUAAAUAUUGAGAAUAUUGUUAUAAGAC